AUGCCGUUUAAGCUUGGAAAGUCGUCCGAAAAGAAGCCGUCGACGUCUUCUGGGGUCGUUGAUAGUCUGCGCGAAGUCUUCCGAAAGUUCGACACGAAUAACUCUGGUUUGCUAGAGGUUGAUGAGAUUCAGGCAGCGCUGGCGGAGCUUGCAAAGCCCACGAACACCUCGCUGAUUGCGAUGAUCCUGCAGCUGAAGGGUCUGUCGCGUGGAGUGGCAUUCGAGGACUUCCUGCAUGUCUUCACUAACAUCGCCUUUGGCUAG